AUGGAGACCAACCGUGAACCCCAGGGAUACAGUGCAUUGUACAAGAGCAUUGCCGUGUAUCCCGAAUUGGGCCUGUUCCGACGUUUUGGUCAGUUUUGGGCUAAGAAGUUACACGAUGACACCAGCGAGUUCCUAGAAUGCUUGACAAGCCUGAACGAUCAGCUUGGACGUUUCCCAGAUCUGGGUGGUAAAACCGUGUUGGACUGCCCGUUAAGAAUCGUGAAAGAGAAAUGUCCCAAGGGUGAUGAGACAUAUGACAAGCUGUGGGAUGCAUGGAGGGAGUACAAUAAGAGCUUGCUGAAUUAUGACGCUGUGCCAGGUCAGACGCUGUGCCAGAGUGAGCAGAUCAUGAAUCUUCCGCACCAAGACGCGUACAAUACAAGUUCCCUGACCGAGUUCAAGCCGCCUGGAUCCAGGCCCAUAUUUGAGAACGAUACCUUCGUGCCUACUGGAGAGCGCGCAGCGACGUAUCAAGGUGCGACGGAGCGGAAUGACACCUGCGCUUGGAGAGCAAUACCACGAAAAGACUUUCUUACGAUGCGAUUCAUAUACUCAAGUAAAUGGAUCGAGGCACAUGUUCUUGCUCGCCUUCGGAGAUGUACCGGUCGUACAAAGAGUUCUGAUCCUCGUCUCCAGACCGACAUGCGACUUGACCGCAUCAUAAGCGUCAUGGAUACCGUCAGCUGUCUUCUCGCCUCGACCUUGCUGUUAAUUACCGUCUUCGUUCUGGCAGUUGUCCAUCCUCUUAAGAUUCGUAUUGCGAUCGUUGGCGUAACGGGCACCGUUUUUGCGCUGUGCGUGAAGUUGAUGGCUGGUGAUCCUUCUCGCGGAGAAGUAUUUGGGGCGACAGCAGCUUUCUAUGCCGUGGCAGUUGUUUUCCUCAGUUCGACCAACGACAACUGUGUCUGCCUCUAAGGGUGCUAUGGAGUGGAGGAAGGCUGACGAGGGCUAGGC